UAUUGGCAUACCGGCCCAGAAACAGACAUACAAAAGAGUAGAUGAUCAGCCUCUAUGAAAAUCCUCCAUAAGCAUCAUCAUCAUCACUCACUCACACUCAUAUAAACACAGAAGAAAAGGCAAAGCCAAGAUUGAAAGAAAGAAUAGUGUUGCUUUUGCAGAAGAAAAAAUGGAAACAAAACCAAGUGAAAUCAGUAGCGCAAAGAUGUUUGGAGGAUACAAUAAAAGAUACAAACAUUUCAGUCCAACUCUUGGCUGCUCCAUGACCUUCCACAUCUAUUUUCCUCCCUCAUCAUCUCCUUCCCACAAGUUUCCUGUUCUUUAUUUUCUCUCGGGCCUCUCCUGCAGUGAUGAGAACUUUAUAAUCAAGUCGGGAGCUCAACGAGCUGCAUCAUCUGAGGGUGUUGCACUAAUUUCCCCUGAUACAUCUCCGAGAGGCCUGAACGUGGAAGGGGAGGCAGAAAGUUGGGAUUUUGGUGUAGGUGCUGGUUUUUAUCUUAAUGCUACUCAGGAGAAGUGGAAAAAUUGGCGUAUGUAUGAUUAUGUUGUCAAGGAACUGCCAACACUUCUAAGUGACAAUUUUCCGCAGCUUGAUACAUCAAGGGCAUCUAUAUCUGGUCAUUCAAUGGGUGGCCAUGGUGCCUUGACAAUAUACCUAAAAAACCUUAAUAAAUACAAGUCAGUUUCCGCAUUUGCACCAAUUGUUAAUCCUAUCAACUGCCCCUGGGGCCAGAAAGCUUUCACAAAUUAUCUUGGUGGCAGUAAAGCUGAUUGGGAGGAAUAUGAUGCUACUUCUUUGGUUUCAAAGUUCCACAAUGUAUCUGCUACGAUUUUAAUUGAUCAGGGGGGAGAUGACAAGUUCUUGCACGAUCAGUUGCUGCCAAACAAAUUUGAGGAAGCAUGCAGAAGUGUUAAUGUUCCACUUCUGCUGCGAAUCCAACCCGGUUAUGAUCACUCCUACUUUUUCGUGUCCACUUUCAUCGAUGAUCACAUCCGUCACCAUGCUCAAGCGCUUAACCUGAACCCAAUGCUAUAAGUGGUCAUUCAAAUGAUACCUGCCAACUUCUACAGAGGAUAUGAAAUAAUGGUGAGAUGUAGUAAAUGCAUUAUGCUAUGGCGUGAACUGGUAAUCUUUGUGUUAUGCCGAAACUCCUAAAUCUUUAUCUAUGUAGUCGAUAUAAGGUUUUGAUGGAGUUUUUUUAUUUGUUUAUUCCGUCUUCUACCAGCACCAUAAGUGAGGAUGCUAACUAGUCCAUGUUUGUUCUAAGUUUAUGGAGUCUUUUCUUUUGUAAUUGUAGUUGAAGCAAAUAAGUGUGUUUUAUAUGUUGAGGUCAGUUCCGCA